UUUAAUUGUUUUGUUUUCCAUUGAGAGUUGAAGUCUAAUUGUUUAAUUUGAGUUUCUUUGAUUGUUUGAUUUUUUUUUCUUCAUUAAUUUUCUUCGAAAAUGGUUCUCUGUGGUGGUUGGAGUGAUGUCAAAGAAGCUAAUGAUACUAUUCAUGGAAUAGUUUCUCAGUUAAAAAAUGAACUUCAAGAAAAAACCGGACGACAGUUUGACCAACUAACUGCUCUUCAAUUCCGAAGUCAAAUUGUCUGUGGAACUAAUUAUUUGAUCAAAGUCAAAGUCAGCGAUGAUGAACAUAUCCAUGUUCGGGCUCAUUUACCACUUCGUAGUGAAACUCCUUCCUAUGUUGACCAUAAAGACAAAUUGUCAGCCGCCCAUGAUUUGGAAACUUUCUAAAUUGUAACCCUGUUUUCCAUUAAUUUUGCUUUCAUUUUUCACAAUUCCUAUAUAUCAAGUGUUCAAUUUAAAUCAAUCUUUCAAUGGUGAUAAUUUUAUUUUCUAAACAAAACACAAUUACACCCAUUGACAAAAUCCCAUUGGUAAAUCAAUCAAUCCUCUUCCUCCUCCAACAACAACAAUAUAUUCAAGUAAUAACAUAGACCAAACCCUUGGUGUAUAUUACAAUUGACUAAAUCUAAUUACAUCUGGAAAACAAAGUAAUAAUCAUCAUCAUAUUUCACUCAAAGGGAAUAACAAAAAUUUCCCAAUAAACAGACAAAACAUGAAGAUGAAAAAAAAACAAUUAACCAGAACCAAUAUAACCAUCGAAAUUUUCAAUCUUCUAGCAAAAUGAUUCAAUAAUUAUGUAAACAAACGAAAAAAAAUAUAUUCUUUCCAAAAUAAAAAUAAAAUCAGUUAAAUUCUAAACAAAA